AUGGCGGUUGCACAAGACGGAAAUAAUAAUAUAUUUCCGAUUGCCUUUGCCUUGGUCGAGGGUGAGACAAGCGAAGCUUGGAGUUUCUUCCUUAGAAAUCUUAGAACACAUGUUGCUCCUCAACCCAACUUAUGUCUGAUUUUCGACAGACAUGCUUCCAUUGUGAGCGCCUACAACAAUCCUGCAAAUGGUUGGCACAAUCCUCCUUCUGUCCAUGUCUUUUGCAUAAGACACAUUGCCCAGAAUUUUAUGCGGGACAUUAAGGACAAAAUUCUCCAGAAAAAAGUUGUGAACGCUGGGUAUUCCUUAAACCAACCAUCGUUCAUGUAUUACCGUGAAGAAAUAAGAUUGUCGAGCGCAGAAGCAUUAAGAUGGGUGAAUAACAUUCCAGUCGAGAAAUGGACAAGGGCUUUUGAUGGAGGAUGCAGAUGGGGUCACAUGACCACAAAUCUUGUAGAAUCCCUAAACGGCGUAUUUAAGGGAACUAGGAACCUCCCCAUCACUGCGUUGGUAAGAGCUACCUAUUACAGAUUGGGCUCACUUUUUGCGUCAAGAGGCAAAAAAUGGAGCGCUGUUUUGCAAUCAGGGCAAUUAUUCAGCGAAUCAAGUAUGAAAUAUAUGAAGGAUGAAACUUCUAAGGCAGCCUCACAUCGAGUCAGACCAUUUGAUCGUCACGAUUACAGCUUCAUUGUUGACGAGACAAUGGAUCACAACGAGGGUCGGCCAAUGGGACACUACAGGGUGGAACUUCAUAAAAAUUGGUGCGACUGCGAAAAGUUUCAAACCUUCCGCAUGCCUUGUUCACAUGUCAUUGCCGCAUGUUCCAGUGCUCGUCACGAUCCAUUCUUGCUGCUAUCAGAUGUUUACAAAGUUAUGAACUUAUUCGGUAUCUACAAUAACAGUUUUCCAGUGGUAGCUAGUGAGGACUAUUGGCCAACAUAUCAUGGAGACACAAUCUACCACAACGAAAAUAUGAGAAGAAACAAAAAGGGCCGCCCAAAAAGCACCCGAAUUACAACUGAAAUGGAUACAACUGAGAAAAUGGAAAGAUUGUGCGGAAUAUGUCGUCUUCCCGGGCAUACGAGGAAUAAAUGUCCAAAUGUUGGAACAAGUUCUAGAUAG